GGAACUUCUCUCUUUUGGGACUCACCGGCCUCGAUGUCCCGCAGCACGGUCUCCAGCAGGCCCGCGGACCGCACGGCGCCCACCACCACCAGCAGCUGCAGCUCCGCCGGCCCGGGACCGGGACCGGGACCGGGACCGGGACCGGGACCGGGACCGGGACCAGAACCGGGACCCGGAGGAGGAAGACGAGGAGGAGGAGGAGAACCGGGACCGCCGCCCCGCUCACUCGCCAUCUUUCUUCAUAUGGGGGGAGGACGACGCGGCGCGAUGACGUCACCGCGUCGGUCUAGUAAAGAGGCGGGAAAAAAACGACGCGGGACCUUGAACGCACCGCGGUGGGCGUGGCUUCCCUCUCUCCCCGGUGUCAUGGCGGCUCCCGCGGCUCCAGGCCGCUGCGGCUUCUUCGUGGAGAAGAAGCGGCGCUUCUGCAAGCUGGAGGCCGCGCGCGGGCGCGUGUACUGCGGCGAGCACGCGCACAUGGAGGAAGGGGGCGGAGCCAGGAGGGUCACGUGUCCGCUGGACCCUAAACACACGGUGUGUGUGGACAAGCUGCAGCAGCAUCUGAAGAGGUGCAACUCCCGGGAGAGGCCGCCGCCGGUUUAUUUUGUGAAGGACAGAAACGCGGGGCCGGCCGGGGAAGACGAGGCUCCGCAAAAGAGCCUGUGCGAGCGCACGGACCUGGAGUCGCUGAUCCGGAAAUUAAAGAUGGCCGCCGAAGGGCUGCCCGGUCGCCCUGGCGACCGCAUCCUGUCGCACCCAGCGCUGCAGGCCGAGCUGGACGACCCGCGCAAUGGAGGCUCCGCCCACAAGCACCUGAGGCAGCAGUCCUCCAUCCUGGGCCACCUGGAGGACCUGGGCCUGCUGGCUAAGGGGCGCUGCUUUGUGGAGUUUGGGGCCGGGAGGGGGAAGCUGGCCCACUGGAUCCUGGAGGCCCUGAAGACCCCCCAGGACCAGCAGACCCCCCAGGACCUGCAGACCCCCCAGGACCUGCAGACCCCCAAAGACCUGCAGAUGCUGCUGGUGGAGCGCAGCACCACCCGGUUCAAGGUGGACGGGAGGCACCAGGGCUCCGGGGUGGAGCUGGAGCGGCUCCAGGUGGACAUCCAGCACCUGGACCUGGGUCGGGUCCCCAUGAUCCAGAGGAAGCGGCUCCCCCUGGUGGCCGUGGGGAAGCAUCUGUGCGGGGCGGCCACAGAUCUGGCCCUCAGGUGUUUACUGCGGACCCCCGAAGUCCCGGAUCCUCCUGAACCCCUUCAGAAACGCCGCCGCCCUUCAGAACCGGACCAGGACCCUGAUCCGGACCCGGAUCCAGACCCGGGUCCUGGUCCGGGUCCGGUCCUGGGCCUGGUCCUGGCUCUCUGCUGCCACCACCGCUGCCAGUGGCGCCACUACGUGGGCCGCAGGUUCUUCCUGGACCGGGGUCUGGGCCCCGACGAGUUCUCCGCCUUCUGCCGCAUGUCCAGCUGGGCCACAUGUGGACUGAGGGACCGGGACCACGAUCCAGACCAGCACCAGGACCAGGACCAGGACCAGGACCAGGACCAGGAGAACCACACCAGGUUGCCGGGGGCGACGGAGCGACAGGAAGUGGGCCUGCUGUGCAAGCGGCUGCUGGACGCCGGGAGGCGGGACUUCCUGGAGUCCCAAGGCUUCCGGAGCCACCUGCAGCACUUCGUCCAAUCAGACGUCACCCUGGAGAACGUCCUGCUGACCGGGCUGAGAAGCUCCGCCCCUGGAAAAUAA